GUUCAAAAAGAACGAAUCGUUCGCGACCGAUACAACACUAGGAGGCCCGUGUGUUUUGACAGAAACGUCCAUCAUUUGGGCAAGACCGAAGACGAAUUUACCAAGCGACUGUUGUAAAACUGCUGUUUAUGACCGCAAUCAUGUAUAUAUUCGAUUUCGGGAAGUAGAAAGUGUCUGGAGUGUUUUCCAACUGGUCUGCCAGCCUUUCAAGCGGCUCUUGUUGAAGUGGAGUGACCCAAGUGAAACCCAGUAGGCCUGACUGACAGCAGGACAGACAGGAUAUAAGAUGCCUCUGUUCUUCAGAAAGAAGAAACCCAGUGAUGAUUCUAAGAAGAGACUGGAAUAUCAGCUGUGUCGGUCAAAAGAAGCGGGUGCCGAUGACAUCCUGGACAUCUCCUCUUGCGAGCUGUCAGAGGUUCCAGCGGGUGCCUUUUCAAUUUGCAAAGUUCUCCAGAAGAAGGUUCUUAUUGUACACAACAACGAGCUGAAGUCACUGCUUCCCAAAGGAAUUGACAUCACUUCUCUUGGCACUCUCAAGGUUUUGGAUUUACAUGAUAAUAAACUCAAUUCACUCCCUGAGGACAUUGGGAAGUUGACAUCUUUGCAGAUUUUGAAUGUGGAGAAAAAUCGUUUGAAAGUCAUUCCAGAAUCCAUCGGGGAUCUGCGGCUGCUACAGACACUCAAUUUGAAAGGCAACUGUCUGAGUGAACUACCCUCGACAAUUAGCUCUCUGUCCAGUUUGCGUACCCUGGAUGUGAGUGACAACCUCAUCAUCCAGAUUCCCCAAAAUUUCGCUUAUAUCCGCACACUGGAGAACUUGAUACUAGAUGCAGCCACAAUGACUUACCCUCCUGCAUCUGUGUGCAUGGAAGGUACAGAAAACAUCCAGCACUUCCUAUGCUCUGAGCUGGGAGAGGAGUACUGCCCCCCAUCCCAGUAUCUUCUACCUGUGCUGGAAAUGGACAGUGGCCAACUCGUCUCUGACUGUGUGGAUGCCGUAGAUGACGCUUGGCAGAAUAAAUUCAGUGAAUACGAGAAGAGAAAGAUUCAGAAACAGGAGGAAAAACUGGCCUUCGAGCGACACCGAGAGGAGAAACAAAAUGAGCACACCCAGCUUUUACUCAUGAACACCUCUCAUAAAGUGGAUAUACUGAACUCAGUUCGCUUGGAACAAGAACGGCUAGAGCAGGGCGUCACCAUGCAGCAGCGUGCCCAGGAGUCGGAGAGAUUACUGUUGUUGGACAAAGUAAGACAAGCUGAAGACAGCAUCAGCAGUCGAAUCACUAACAUGCUGUUGGAUAACCACAGGCAGAAAAAGAGUGCUGAGUUUCUCCAAUCCAUGGAAGAAGACCGGAUCCGUAUGGAGCAUCUGACUGCCAUCACACAGGAAGAAGCUAACUCUCUGAGGAAGAGAGAGAUAGCCGCGGCUAUGCAGAAGAUGCUGUCUGACAACUGUGCUGUGAGCCUCCUCCAAGAAGCCAGUGACUAUCGGAGAAAGAGCUUGGUGUCUGAGGCCUCCAGAAGUAUGGAGAGUCUGGAGAAGAAGUUUGAUAAGAUGCUAUCCAUCCAAGUUUUGGACAAAUCAAAAGCCAUUGCUCAAAUUUUACAGGAGGAGGAGAUGCAAAAAGCCGCAUUCCAAGCGCUGCAGUUACAGAAAGACUCUGUCCACGGUUACAUCCGCAACCAGAUCAAGCUUAUUGAGGCUGAAUUAAUGCAGCUGACUAAACUGGAAGUUAAAAGACGCAAUCUGGAUGCUGAGAACCUUCAGGAAGUGCUAGUGGACCAGCGCACGGCUCUUGGUGAUUUGUUGCAGCAGCUGCUGAAACAGAAGCACCAGCGAGAACAAGAACUGCUGCAAGUUCUGGUGGAGAUGGAGUUGAAGUCAGAGUCCACCCAGCAGAACUACUGGAUGAUCCAGUACCAGAGACUGCUGGAUGCCAAGCCCUUGUCACUGCGCAUGCAGGAAGCCGGUGUGGAAAAAGAGUUAGUAAAUCUACUAUGCAAACUGUCAGCUCAGCAUUACUUGCCUAUCAUGGCUCACCAUCGCGUGAAUACCGAGGCCCUUCGCCACAUGAACUCUUCUGACUUAAAGAAGCUUGGCAUUGCCGAAAUUGGCAUCCAGAAAGCUCUCCUGAACUGGGCUCGAGAUCGCAAGCCUGAAGGUGCUUGUAAAGUGGUGGAACAGAGCAAAGACGUUCCCGCUCCAGAGCCAUCCGGUUUCUUCUUUUCAUCACUACCCAACCAUUCUGGCGUUUCUACCCCAAGCCCGCCUGUUACGCCCGGUACUCCUGUUACGCCAUCAGCCCCGAGCCCAAUAGAGGGAAUCGGAAGCUCAGAAUGUGUUGUCUGCAUGGAGACAGGGGCUCAAGUCAUCUUUCUGCCAUGUGGCCAUGUUUGCUGUUGUCAGGUCUGUAGUGACGCCCUACUGAAGUGCCCCCUGUGUCAAGGUGCCCUGUCGCAGCGCAUACGCCUUUACAUCAGCUAGAAGCAACCGUGGCAACCCUAGGACUUUAUCAUAAAACGUGCAUGAUGACAAUGCUGCUGUGAGCUCAUGUAUAGCGAUGCUUUGAGUAGAUUUUUGAAAUGCUGAGCCCCCCCUUUAUUAACCAAAAACUGACGUUAUUGUUCAAAACGUUUGGAGUAUUUUUAUGUUGUUGUUUGUAUCAGUCAAGCAUUUGUUUGAAACUGAUUUAUUUUUAUGUUAGUACACAUUAACAGAUAUGUGCCUUUUUCUGAAAACAAUACAUUUUGUUUCUGUACACCGUAAUAACCACGUACCAACCUUAUGUAUAUGGACAUAACACAGACAAGCCAUUAGCUUUAUGAUCUCUUGCACAUACAAUAAUAAGUAAAUAAAUAAGCAAAAAAAUAAUACACCCAUUGAUCAAAAUAGUAACUAACCAGAAUAUUUGGAGUACAGUGGUAUGAAGGAGUAUCUGAACUAGUGCUGCAACAAUUAAUCGAUUAGCUCGACUAUUCGAUUAGAAAAAAAUGUUCGAAUUAAAUUUUGUUGCUUCGAGUAUUCGUUUAAUUAAAGUGGCGUUGUAAUAGUUUGUUUUGAAAGUGUUUACAUUUAGUUUUAUUGAUUAGUGUGUAUACGCUGCCCUCUGGUCUGCCUCAUUUCAUAUGGUUGAAUCUAAAUGCUCCCUGUUAAGACCAACGUCAGCUAAAUUUUUGUUUGGGCUAAUGUUUUUAAAUGCAUUCAUAAUUUAGUUUAAAGGUAUAUUUAGUCGUUUUUUUGUGGGAAUAUGAGGCUGAACUAAUUGUUAAGAGAAUUGUUAAAAAUAAAAUAAAAAAAGGUUAGCAUUUUAUAGCAUUUAAGCUAGCAGACUUUUGCUAUGUAAGUUAGUCAAUUGUUUUGUUUUUUUGUACAUAGAUCCUCAUUUGUUUAUUUUUUAUUUUUAUACCUUUUGAGGCUCAUCCCAGGUAUUUUAAUUUUUCAUGUUCCUUAUCAGAUGACUCGAUUAUUCGAACUAACUAGUUCAUCGAUUAAUCGACUACUAAAAGAAUCGAUAGCUGCAGGCCUAAUCUGAACCUUUUGGUGUUUCUGACCUUUCUGCUUAAAAUUACCAUCAAAUGUGGUCUGUUCUUUAUCAAAAUCACACAGAUGAAAAAACUGUCUGCUUUAACUAAAACCAACCAAACAUUUCUAGGUUUUCAUAUUUUAAUUAGGAUCGUAUGCAAACAGUGACAGAAGGGAGAAAAAUAAGUAAGUGAACCAUCACAUUUAAUAUUUUGUGGCCCCGCCUUUAGCAGCAAUAACUUCAACCAGACGCUUUCUGUAGCUGCAGAUCAGGCUGGCACAUCCGUCAGGACUAAUCUUGGCCCAUUUUUCUCUACAAAACUGCUGUAGUUCAGUAAGAUUCCUGGGAUGUCUGGCACGAAUCACUGUGUUUGAGUCAUACCACAGAAUCUCAAUGGGGUUCAAGUCUUGGCCACUCCAGAACGUGUAUUUUGUUCUUCUGAAACCAUUCUGAAGUUGAUUUUCGUUUGUGUUUUGGAUCAUUGUCUUGUUGCAGCAUCCACCCUCUUUUUACCUGACAGAUGGCCUUAAGUUUUCUUGCAAAACAUCCUGAUAAACUUUUGAAUUCAUUCUUCCAUUAAUGAUUGUAAGUUGUCCAGGCCCUGAAGUAGCAAAACAGCCCCAAAUCAUGACGCACCCUCCAGCAUGCUUCACGGUGGUUAUGAGGUGUUGAUGUUGGUGGACUGUUCCAUUUUUCCUCCACACAUGACCUUGUGUGUUACUCCCAAACGAUUCAACUAUGGUUUCAUCAGUCCACAAAAUAUUUUGCCAAGUUCCUUUUUGCAGACAUUAAAGCAGCAACAAUGUUUUUUUUUUUUUUUUUUUAUUGAGUGGCCUCCCAUGAGCACCAUUCUUGACCAUAGAUUUUCAUAUAGUUGAUGUGUGCACAGAAAUGUCUGUAACUCUUAAGCAGACACUCUAGGGUUCUUUUUGUACCUCUCUGAGUAUUCUGCGCCGAACUCGUGGCGUCAUCUUUGGUGGACGGCCACUCCUUGGGAGAGACGCAACAGUGCCAAACUCUCCAUUUGUUGACAACUUCUCUGACUGUCAAUUGAUGAACAUCCAGACUUUUAGAGAUGGUUUUGUAUCCUUUCCCAGCUUUAUACAAAUCCUUGAUGGCAGGUCUUCAGACAGCUCUUUUGACCGAGCCAUGACGUACAUCAGGCAAUGCUUCUCAUCAAGGUAAUUCUUAGCAGGUGUAGAAUCCUAAACUUAAAGCCCUCAGAAUCCGACGAUCUCCUCGCUCCGUACACCUCACGACGCUGGACAGCGGCCAAGAAAAAGUCCCACGCCGCUCUUUCACAGUUGGUUCGUUUAAUCCAAAAAGAAAGUAAUCCAAACGCUUUUUAUCCAAAAACAUAACAAAAGAGCAACCGAGAGAUAGCUGGAGAGAGAUAGAAAGUUGUUAAUCCAAAUUGGAAGAGAGAGCAAGAGAGAGACUAAUCCAGAGAGGGAAAGAGAGAGGGAUACAGAUGUCAAAAAACUAUUUUGGCUCCAUGCUUCCUGCUUUCUCUGCCUAGCGUGACUCCCCGCACACACGGCCAACCCCGCCUCUAUAUCAAACGACAUGACGUCACAAGUCCGUCCCAAGAAACCAAACAAACAAAUCACAAGCCUGUCUUAUACAGUAGAACCAAAAUAAACUAUUCACUAACAUGUAUAUCUAACUAAACAUUAUUUAGGCUCCUACACCAGGUGUGUGUUUUAUAGCGGGCAGGGCAACUUUAAACCACUCAUCCAUGAUUGGGCACACACCUGACUUAAAUUUUUUGGUAAAAAUUGGUUUCAAUUGCUCUUUAAAGAGCUUAUGACACGAGAAAAAAAGUCUGAAAUGUCAUUAUUAUGUGAAUUAGAAUCAUAUUUUGAGACGAUUCGACUAUAUACAACAAUUUAGCAAAGCACAGAUGACGAGAAAUUAGUCUUUUAAUCUGCCGGUUAGCCACGCCUACCAUUAUAGGGCUUUAGCGUCCCCAACAGGUGGAUGACGUCAGCGGUAGACUUGGCUCAUCGAUUUUACUAUUCAGCCCAUUGAGGGGAAAUUAUUCAGAACGAGGAAAACGAGACGAAGAAAGCCGUAAAAUGUCAUUGUUUCAGUCUCUCUACUCCAAUAUUUUUACAGGAUAUUCUUUUUACCCAAGUAUUUUUCCCCAAUAGCUAUAUAAAUGGCUUGAGAAGGACCAGUCAGCCCGUUGAGGGGGAACUAUUCACAACGAGGAAAACGAGACGAAGAGAGCGGCAAAAUGUCAUUGUUUCUGUCUCUUUACUUCAAUAUUUUUACAGGAUACUCUUUUUAUCCAAGUAUUUUCCCCAAUUGCUAAAUAAAUGGCAUGGUCAUGACAAAUAACAGUCUUGUGCUGAAUGGAAUAUGAAAUAAUAAAAAUUCAUUUAUUCAGGACAUGGCAAUAUUACUCCAUAAUGGUCAAAACUGUCGACUUCACCUUUACUGUCGCACCUCCCGAACGAUAUUUUAUGACACCUAAAUCGGACAUAUGUCAUUUUCCUUCCCCGGCUUCGGAGAAUGUAAACAAACCAGAAGGCGUGACAGCUAGCCGACAUGCUAACCCGAACCGAGUGAUGUUUCAAAGUCUUCAAAGCGGAAAAUCACACAUAGCUAUCCUGGAUUAUUUGACAUGACGACCCGGUUAUCGAAUGUCUUAGCGGAUCGGCAAACCGCCCGGCGGAGAGCAAUUUACAGUUCGUUCCCCGGAGGAUGGUGGCUGGAGCUAACGCAGCUAACGUGCUGCUAAUGCAUUAGGAGAGCUUUUUACAUGCCUAUCAAUGAUCAAAUGUAAGUAGUCCUUCAUUUAAAGGAAGUUUGUAGUGUUUACUUUGUAAUCGCUGUAUUCGUAUUUGACAUAAUACAAAACAAGAUGUUUACUCACUUCCUCGUAAGUCCAAUGGUCCCACAGCAAAUAUCCACGGUGAAUGGGAACCUUUUGAAACUCCAAAAAGGCGCAUACCCCUCUCCCUCAUACAGAAUGAUUUUUCUGCAGCCGUUUGGCUGGCGUGAUGCGAAAAAUAAACGUAUUAAUCCGCAAAAUCAGCUGAAUCCUUCGUCCUCAAACACAACAGUACACUGUAGCGUGAAGAGGACGUCUUCUACCGUACACGUCACAGCGCCCUCCUCCUUAAUGCAAGACCGAAGCCGGAAGUCACUCAUUUUCCUGGCGCGGGAUUCAAAAAACUAAAUAAAUAUAGCGAUCGCUUCCACACACAUCCAAGCGGUCCAUAUCAUUCAGGGGCAUAAAAUACCGCGUGUAUUAUGAAAUAAACAUGCUUUUUCGUGUCAAAGGCACUUUAAGUCUCCUUAGUCGUAGGGUUCACUUACUUACUUUCCUCCCUUCUGUCAUUGUUUGCAUGCUAUCCUCAUGAAAAUAUGAAAACCUAUAACUGUUUGGGCGGUUUUAGUCAAAGCAGAUGCUGUAUUUUCAUCUGUGUGAUUUUGACAAAGAGCAGAUCACAUUUGGUGGUGAUGUAAUGCAGAAAUGUGAGAAAUUCCAAAAGGUUCAGAUACUUUUUCAUACCACUGUACUUACACAGUAUAAUACCCAACACCAGAGCUGCAUGAAAUAUUAUUUUCAGUUUUGCUGGACACUGUACAACGCUGUGACAUUAAUUGUGGCUGUAUUUCACAUCAUUAACAGUACCCAUCAAAAGUAAGCGUUAUAUAUUUCUAUUUACAAUAACUGAUACAGUUCUUGUAUGGGUAUACGUAUUAUUAUACAAAUGGUUAGUUGUUGUUUUGAUCACUUUGCAUAGGUUAUGUACUAUUUGCUGUGUAGCAGUGUGCAAUAUGACACCACUUGGGUCCAACCUUGUGACCAAAUCACCCACUUUUACUCUGGACAAUGUUUGAGGGGUUCGAAGUGGAAAUGUAGCAAUUCGUAACCUUGCUGGUUUGACUGCUCUUUGCUGUUUUAAGGAAGAAAUCAAGCCCUUUAGUUGUUAUGCUGUGUCAUCACUGUGAAUUUCCCUGAUACGGGUUAAGGGAAUAUUGUAAUUUGAUUAUCUUUAACAUACAAAAUUCAGGAGAUUUUUUUUUUUUUUAAUAGAAACGAUCAAGUAGUUAUCAGGGAAUUCACAAUUUUGAUUUCAUUAGCAAUGAUUUGUUAAUUAUUCUUUUUUUUUUGUAUUUCGGAGGUUAAUUUAGACAUGACUGAUAAACCUUUUGUUAUUCCUUGCAUUUCAUGUUUUCAUUCUUGUAAAACCACACUUAGACUUAAAUGGUUAACUAACAAUUAGCUGCAAAACCGAGAUUGUAUAUAAUCCCCUAUUAGGGGAAGGGCUUGAGCUUUUCUAGCAUGGCUCUCCAUCUUUAUCCAUUGAUGUUGGGGUAAUGGCACUUUGAAUUCUGAUUCUUUAUUUAAAAUGCGUGUGCGGUAGUACAUGAACUAACCAAACCUUUUUGCAGCCAUAACUAACUGUUAUACUCUCUCAAGUGCUCUUACAUACUGUACACUUAAUGUUUAAUGUUGAAAUAUAUUGCAAUAUUAUAAAACGUAUGACACUUGUACUUCACGUGUAAUCAAUGUAAAUAUUGAUGUGGCUGUUGUCUUGUAACAAAAUUAUGUACAUUGUAAUAGUAUCACAGUAUUAUCACAAUUAAAAAUGGUCA